UGAGUGAGCGCCUCCAAACUUUUUACCGGCGUCUCGGUUAUUGGCUCGUCGCGCUGAGUUUGUAGCUGUUGCCCAAACAAAGCGAGCAGCGAGGCGGCGCACGGAGCGGACGGGACAGUGCGCACAGAGGGGCCCGGGCUCCUGGAGGAGAAGCCCCCAAAAGUUUGUUUUUAAAGGACUCCCGGUGUUUCUGCUGGAGGAGUAACCCAGGAAACAAAGGGUAAAUCUAUUACAGUAGCUCCACGCUGACUGACUGGCUGACUGACUGGCUGGCUGAGUGGGUGAGUGUCCUCCACGCUGCUGCAGACCUCCAGGAGGAAGAUGAUGCUCUGAAGCCGAACCCUUCUUCUCUGUAUCUGCCUGGAAUCCCACUAACAACACAUGAGUUGGAUUGACUGGACGCGCGGGUUCCACGCAGCAAAUCCUGUGGGAUUAAAAUAACGAGGCCAAUGGAUAACUUCUUCACGGAGGGUGACCGGGUGUGGCUACGGGAGGAUGACCAGUACCUUCCCAGCACUGUGUCCUCGUGCUCCGGAGGCGUCGUUGUGUUUGCCACAGAUUACGGACAGGUCUACACCUACAAGCAGAAUGCGCUCACCAGGCAGAAGGUGCAGCCCAUGCACCCCAGCAGCAUCAGAGGGGUGGAGGACAUGGCGACGCUGGAGGACCUCCACGACGGCGCCAUCAUGCACAACCUCUCCUUGCGUUACCGGCAGAGACACAUCUAUACAUACAUCGGGUCCAUCCUGGCCGCUGUGAACCCGUACCAGCCGCUCCCAGGCCUGUACGACCAGUCGGCCAUGGAGCUGUACAGCCGGCGCCACCUCGGUGAGAUCGCACCGCACAUCUUCGCCGUCGCCAAUGAGUGCUACCGGUCGCUGUGGAAGAGGCCGCAGAACCAGUGUGUCCUGAUCAGUGGGGAGAGUGGAGCCGGUAAAACCGAAAGCACCAAACUGAUCCUGAAGUUCCUGUCGGCCAUGAGCCAGAACUCUCUGGAGGUGUCGUCCCGAGACAAGACGUCGCACGUGGAGGAGGCGCUGCUGGAGAGCAGCCCCAUCAUGGAGGCCUUCGGUAACGCUAAGACCGUCUACAACAACAACUCCAGCCGCUUUGGGAAGUUUGUCCAGCUGCAUUUCAGCCAGAAGGGAAACAUCCAGGGAGGCCGGAUCGUGGACUACCUCUUAGAAAAGAACCGAGUGGUCCGUCAGAACCCAGGGGAGAGGAACUACCACAUUUUCUACGCCAUAUUAGCGGGAACCAACAGCCAGCAGAGAGAGGCGUUCGGGCUGACGCAUCCUGACAGUUACCACUACCUGAGACAGUCCAGCUUCCUCCCCGACAAGACCAUCAACGACAAGGGCACCUUUCAGGAUGUUCUGAAUGCCAUGCGGACGAUGCAGUUCACGGAGGAGAACAUCGGUGAGAUCCUGCGCCUCUUGGCCGGGAUCCUCCACGCGGGGAACAUCGAGUUCAUGACGGCCGGUGGAGCACAGGUCUCCUCCAAGUCAGCUCUGAUCCGGACGUCUGAGCUCCUGGGGCUGAACUCGGAUCAGCUGGCCGAGGUGUUGACCCACCGCUCCAUGAUCCUCAGGGGCGAGGAGAUCUCCACGCCGCUGACCGUCGAGCAGGCGGUGGACUCCAGAGACUCCAUGGCCAUGGCUCUUUACUCCCAGUGUUUCAACUGGAUCAUCCGCAAACUCAACAUCCGCAUCAGGGGCCGAGAGGACUUCAAGUCCAUCAGCAUCCUGGACAUCUUCGGCUUUGAGAACUUUGAGGUCAACCGCUUCGAACAGUUCAACAUCAACUACGCUAACGAGAAGCUGCAGGAAUACUUCAACAAGCACAUCUUCUCCCUGGAGCAACUUGAAUACAACAAAGAAGGUCUCGUCUGGGUCGACAUCAACUGGAUGGACAACGGCGAGUGUCUGGAUUUGAUCGAGAAGAAACUGGGGCUCCUGGCACUGAUGAACGAGGAGAGUCACUUCCCCAAAGCCACCGACGGCACCUUCCUGGAGAAGCUCCACAGCCAACACUCGAAAAACUCUUUUUACGUGAAGCCACGCGUUGCCGUGCACUACUUUGGAGUGAAGCACUACGCAGGAGAGGUGGUGUAUGACGUGAGGGGGAUGCUGGAGAAGAACAGGGACACGUUCAGAGACGACAUCCUCAACAUGCUGAGGGAGAGCAGGUUGGACUUUGUCUACGAUCUGUUUGAACACGUAUUGAGCCGAAACAAGCAGGACACUCUGAAAAGCACCAUCAAGCACAGGAGGCCCACGGUCAGCUCCCAGUUUAAGGAUUCCUUGCACUCCCUGAUGGCCACACUCAGCACUUCCAACCCGUAUUUCAUCCGCUGCAUCAAACCAAACACACACAAGAUGCCUGACCAGUUUGACCAGACCGUGGUCCUGAACCAGCUCAGAUAUUCUGGCAUGUUGGAGACGGUCAAGAUUCGACGCACUGGCUUCCCCGUCCGGAGAACCUUCCAGGACUUCUGCUCCAGGUACAAGGUGCUGAUGCGAGGUGUGUCGCCACCAGAUGACCCCAGGGGGCGCUGCAUGCAGCUGCUGCACCUCUAUGACAGCACAAGUGCAGAGUGGCAGCUCGGCAAGACCAAGAUCUUCCUCCGGGAGUCUCUGGAGCAUCGCCUGGAGAAGCAGAGGGAGGUGGAGGUGCUGAAAGCGGCCAUGACCAUCCAGGCUCACAUCAUGGGCUACGUGGCCAGGAAGCAGUACAGGAGGCUGCUGCAGUGCAUCGUGGUCAUUCAGAAGAACUACCGGGCCUUCUACUGGCGGAGGAAGUUCCUGCUGCUCCGCUGGGCAGCGCUCACCUUCCAGAAACGUGUGCGGGGGCAGCUGGCCCGCCGGGCUUACGGACGUCUGCUGGAAGAGAGGAGGAGGAGGAGGGAGGAGGAGGAGCGCCGCAGGAAGAUGGAGGAGGAGUUGGAGAGGGAGAGACGGAGGCUGGAGGCGGAGAGACUCACCAGAGAGGCUGAGGAAGCCAGAAGGCUGGAUGAGCUGCGUUGUGCUGAGGAGCUGGCGUCUCUGGUUUUGGCUGAGUCUCAGUCAGCAGGAGCAGCUGCUGCUGCACCGUCACCGGACGCCCCGGAGGAGCUGCCCUCAGCGGAAGCCUUCGACGAGGCGUCCGAGGAGGAGGAAGCCAUCAUUCCUCACGAGGCCUCUCAGGUGGAGGAGAUCCUCCGGCUGGAGCGGGAGAUCCAGGCUCUGCAGAGGCAGAAGGAGCGUCAGGAGCUCUCUCUGACCGAGGCCUCGCUCAACCGCCUGCAGCUCCUCCGAGACCAGGAGCUCCGGCGGCUGGAGGACGAAGCCUGCAAGGCGGCGCAGCAGUUCCUCGACUCCCUGAACUUUGACGAGAUCGACGAGUGUGUGAGGAACAUCGAGAGCUCGUUGGGAGGAGGCGAAGGGGAGGAGAAGGAGACCGGACGGAGGAGAGGCAGCGACGAGGAAGAGGUCGACGAAGGCUUCGGGGCUGACGAAGAGGCCUUCAAAGACUCCCCGAACCCGAGCGAGCACGGCCACUCGGACGGCCAGCGGACAAGCGGCAUCAGAACGAGCGACGACUCCUCCGAAGAAGACCCGUACGCCAACGACGGCGUCAUCCCGCCGCUGCCACCCUCCACCCUGCUUCACCAGCCGCUGCCUUUACCGCCGGUGCCCGUGGCCUGCCACAGCGCCUCGUCCAGCGGGGACUCGGUCUUCUGCCGUCCCCAGGCUUCGUCCGAAGCUCAGUCCGACGACCUGGUGGAGCUCAUACCUCCGGAUGAGGACUCGGACUACGACCAGGAUGACUACGACGAGGGCGCCAUCGUGUCCAGUGGCAGCAUGGCCUUUUCCAACCCUCGCAGCGGACAGUGGUCUCCAGAUUACCGCGGCUCUGUCGGCACCUACAACAGCUCGGGGGCUUACCGCUUCAGCUCCGAGGGGGCUCAGUCAUCGUUUGAGGACAGCGAAGACGACUUUGACAGGUUUGACACCGAUGACGAGUUGUCGUAUCGCCGGGACUCAGUCUACAGCUGCGUCACGCUCCCGUACUUCCACAGCUUCCUCUUCAUCAAAGGCGGCCUGAUGAACACGUGGAAGCGGCGCUGGUGCGUCCUGAAGGACGAGACGUUCCUGUGGUUCAGGGCCAAGCAGGAGGCUCUGAAGCAGGGCUGGCUGCACAAGAAGGGAGGGGGCUCGUCCACGUUGUCCCGCCGCAACUGGAAGCGCCGCUGGUUCGUGCUGCGGCAGAGCAAGCUCAUGUACUUUGAGAACGACGGUGAGGACAAGAUGAAGGGCGUGCUGGACAUGCACAAUGCCAAAGAAAUCAUUGACAACACCUGUAAGGAGAACGGCAUCGACAUAGUGAUGCCAGAGAGGACCUACCACCUGAUCGCCGAGUCUGCCGAGGACGCCAGUCAGUGGUUCAGCGUGCUGAGCCAGGUCCACGGCUCCACGGAACAGGAGAUCAGAGAGAUGCACGACGAGCAGGCCAACCCUCAGAAUGCUGUGGGAACGUUGGAUGUGGGGAUGAUCGAUUCGGUUUGCGCCUCAGAUAAUCCAGAGAGGCCCAACUCAUUCGUCAUGAUCACAGCGAACCGUGUGCUGCACUGCAACGCCGACACCCCCGAGGAGAUGCACCACUGGAUCACCCUGCUGCAGCGCUCCAAGGGCGACACCCGCGUCGACGGACAGGAGUUCAUCAUCCGAGGCUGGUUGCAUAAAGAGAUGAAGAACAGCACCAGAGCUUCUCUGAAGCUGAAGAAGCGCUGGUUCCUGCUCACCCACAAUUCCCUGGACUACUACAAGAGCUCAGAGCGUAACGCCCUGAAGCUGGGGACCCUGGUGCUGAACAGCUUGUGCUCGGUGGUUCAACCAGAUGAAAAAGUCUUCAAAGAGACGGGAUACUGGAACGUGAUCGUGUACGGCCGCAAACACUCGUACCGUCUCUACUGUAAGCUGCUGAACGAGGCCACGCGUUGGGCCAACUCCAUCCAGAACGUCAUCGACACCAAAGCUCCCAUCGAUACGCCGACCCAGCAGCUCAUCCAGGACAUCAAGGAGAACUGCCUGAACUCAGAGGUGGUGGAGCAGAUUUACAAGAGGAACCCCAUCCUUCGCUACAGCCACCACCCGCUGCACUCGCCACUGCUGCCGCUGCCCUACGGAGACAUCCACCUCAGCACUGCGAGGAACCGAAGCUACACGACGCUGCAGGAUGAGGCCCUCAAGGUGUUCAGCUCGCUCCAGCACCUGGAGGGCGUGGCCGACCCCGUGCCCAUCAUCCAGGGCAUCCUGCAGACCGGCCAGGAGCUCAAACCGCUGCGUGACGAGCUCUACUGCCAGCUGGUCAAACAGACCACGCGGCCGCCGCAGCCCGGAAGUCCCGGGAACCUCUGCAGCUGGAAGAUCCUGACCUGCAUGUGCUGCACCUUCGUCCCGACAAGGAGCAUCCUCAGAUACCUCAAGUUCCACCUGAAGAGGACUCGGGAGCUACUCCCCGGCUCAGAGAUGGACCGCUACGCUGCCUUCGCCCUCGACUCCCUGAGGAAGACUCGAGCCAGGGAGAACGUCCCGUCCCAGGAGGAGAUCCGUUCCAUCGUGGCUCGGCAGGACAUGAGCACCACGGUUCACUGCCACGGGGGAGGCUCCUGCAAGAUCACCAUCAACUCGCACACCACUGCAGGAGAGGUGGUGGAGAAACUGAUCCGGGGUCUGGCCAUGGAGGACAGCAGGAACAUGUUUGCUCUGUUUGAACACAACGACACCACGGAGAAGGCCAUCGAGAGCCGCGCCGUGGUGGCCGAUGUGCUCGCCAAGUUUGAAAGGCUUUCAGCGAGCGCAGACGAACACAACACCGGCUGGAAGUUUUACUUCAAGCUCUACUGCUUCCUGGACACGGACAAUGUGCCCAAAGACAGCGUGGAGUUCGCGUUCAUGUUUGAACAGGCCCAUGAAGCGGUCAUCCGUGGUCAGUAUCCAGCCCCAGAGGAGACUCUUCAGUUCCUGGCUGCUCUGAGACUUCAGUACCUCCUCGGUGAUCAAAACUCCCAGGCCAACGUCCCCGAAAUGUCCCAGGUGUUCCCCAUGGCACGGUUGCGGGCCCGGGUGCAGAACUCGGCCAAGGCGUUCACUUCUAGCUCUGGCUCCGGCUCGGUGGCCGAGCGCUCAGGGACGUCGGAGAGGAAGCGGUCGAGCUUCCUGGAGGGAACGCUGAGGCGGAGCUUCAGGAGCGGCUCGCUGAGUCGACAGAAACUGGAGGAGGAGAACAGCCUGGAGGUCUGGAUGAGGGAGGAGGCAGCGGCAGUGAGGACCAGCGUGAUGGACAAGUGGAAGAAACUGCAGGGCAUGACCCAGGAACAGGCCAUGGUCAAAUACAUGGCGCUGGUGAAGGAGUGGAAGGGAUACGGAUCCACGCUGUUCAACGUGGAGUGUCGGGACGGGACGUUCCCCUCCGAGCUGUGGUUGGGUGUAAGCCGCGAGGCCAUAUCGGUGUACAAGCGAGGGGAACCGUGGCCUCUGGAAGUUUUCCCGUAUGAACAGAUUCUUUCCUUCGGGGCUCCCCUGGCCAACGCCUACAAGAUCGCUGUGGAGGGCCGAGAGCUGCUCUUCGAAACCCAAAUGGUCAUGGACAUUGCCAAGCUAAUGAAGGCCUACAUCAGCAUGAUCGUCAAGAAACGCUACAGCAACUGUCAGUCCGUCAGCAGCCACGGCAGCCAGAGCAGCGCCUGGUGAACUUUGACCUUUGACCCUUCAUGUAGCCACUUGACCAGAGUGCAGCUGGAGCUUGGUGCGUGGCCACUGCUCACGGACUCCCCACCCCCCUGAAUUCUGAAUUCUGAAUGCUGGAACUAAACCAUGAUGCUCUUAAUGUUAACUGGCUCAGAUUACUCUUACAGCCAGCCCGUUUCCAAAACGUCACACAUCCCAUGGGCAGCAGCCAUUUCGGGCUGGAGACGUCAAACAUGAACCAGAUUUUGCAUUGUUGGAUGAAACCAGGUUAAAGUUUCAACAACGGAUCAUGGUGCUCGUCACUGGUGCUCAUCUCAGAUGCCAACAUUUUGAAGUACAGUAGGCUAGCAGGGGUAGGCUGUGGACUAGGCAGUACUGACGCCAACUAUGGGUGAUUUUGGACUUUGUUGCAACUUCUGCAAGCCAUCGUGGAAGACAUUAAAUUGUAUUGUGAACAGUGUCUUUGGUGGACGUAAUGAGAUGCAGACAAGCCAGCAGCUUAAAUUAAAUUCAGUUAUACCGUACAGCGACGCCGGCUUGCCUUGUUUUACAGCAGCUACUAAUCUUAAAAAUCCUGGUUGUUCUUUUGAAUUGGCACUCUCUCGGUUCCAUAAUUACCACCGCUUGACUUCCUUUGUUCUUGCCUUGUAAUUAUGCAUGUGCUCGAAAUGCUUCAUUGUUCUGUCACAUUGUGUCCUUGACAACCCUGAAAUGAUGGUUCUAUAAAGCCGGUUGUGGUCGGCAGCUGUGAAGUUAAAAGCCGCCCAAAAGUGAGAAGAGAAACCGGAACAAAACGGACGUAAAUCAAGGACAUAAACUAUUAAACGCAACACAUUCAACUUCCUCAUUGUCUCUCACGCCAAAGAAAAUCAGCUGAAGGUUAAACACGACCUUAUUUUCAUUUGUCCUGUGUAAACUGUUAAAAGAACUAAAUGGAUGUGUCUCGUUUUGGAAGUAAAUUGUUCAUUUCUUCUUGAUGCUACAAAGACUGUCGUCGUAGGAUGAGACAGUUGUUGCAAAGGGUUUUAGUGUGUGGGUGUGUUUAAAGAGAAAUAUCCCUCUUGCUGUCCGAAUGUAUUAUUAUUAUUAUUAUUUUUUUUUUUUAAAAAAGGCAGAGAAGACAAACUGAAUCCUACAAAGACUUUUUCCUCUGCUCUGAGAAACUCUGGGAUUUGACUUCUAGGAUAAUCUGUUCGCUGUAAAUAAUCCUCAGCUCUGCUCAGUCAUCUCGUUUCGAUUGACGUGAAGCUCACAAGUGCCUGUUGGAGCUGAAGCGGGACUCGUUUCUGGAAGGUACUCCCGAUCUCUCCCUUUAAACUGAUGCAUUUGUUCGCUGUGAAAUCCGUGCAGCUCUGCAAGCCAUUCAAGCUGUACUUUCUUUAAAUCAUUUGAACAUUCGAAACCAGGACGUCCAGCUGCAGCCCCGCUCGGACCACCAGCCGGACGAAACUGAAAUAUUGAACUCUGAACUAAUGAAGCUGACAUUUUUAACUGAAUGCUUAUUUUUCGAUUUUCAAUUUAUGCAGAAAUGAGGAAACUUAAUGCUACAACAAAAAAAACCUACAUGUAAAAUACUUUUCUGUUUGCUAAUCAGCCACAACGCUCUGAUUGUUGUCGGCCUCUGCUGGAAUUACACAUUUGUUUUUAAUGCAUAACCUUGGGGUUAUUGCCAUUUCUCUGCAAAGCACUUACACAUGUCCAGAAGCUUUCGCUCAUUAAAACAGCAUCCUGUAAAACAAGCAGAGCUGGUGAAGAGUGACUGGUUGUGGGAAUGACUUGCUCAGCUGGACGCUUUGAACCAGGCGAACCAUUCCUACGAUAUUUCACUGGAGCUCCGCGGGCGGCAGAUCCAUCCAAAGAUGCAGGUUUCCUCAACAGUGCCUUGUUGUAUAUUGUGUAUUUUGUUUUCAUGCGUGGAUCCUUUUUCUUUUCUUUUUUUGUGCAAUGUUAUAUACAGUAUAUAAAUAUAUAUAUAUAUAUAUUAUAUAUAUAUAUAUAAUCUUGUGGCUGUACAUUUUAUACUGUAAGUUUUUCGCCUUCUAUUUUUUCUCCUGAUGAUGGUGAUGAUCACAUUUUAGUAAUUUUCUUAAGCUAUCGAAUCUUGUAUUUUUCUCUACAAAACUUUCCGCGGACCUUUGACCUUUUGUUUAAUCUUUAUUAGCUGUUCUGUGUUGAACUGAUUCUAACAAUAAAUGUUUUUUUUGAUCUGA